AUGGACAAAAAGAACCUUAUAGCGCGCGCUUUAAUAACAGCAAUAACCAGUUGUUACGUAAAACGGUUUCAGCUCAAACAACCUGGCUUGCUUUCACUAAAGUUUGAGGAUAAAACUUUCAACAUGGAGGUAAGACAGCACAAUAUUUAGUGUUUUAAUGUGUGUAGCUAGAUUUUUUAUUAUUAUGAUAAACUAUUCAUUCAAAUUCGCUUAAACUUUAUCUUUAAGGUGAAAUUAUCUAAUCUAGAUGGUAGUUGUAGAUCUACGUAUAAAUUAUGCUUUUUACAAUCAAAUACAAAUUUACAUGCACUUAACAACCAUCCUUACAUUUUAAGCUAACAGAGUUUUAUUUCCUGACUUUAAACGGUAAUAUUAUGGCUAUUCACUUCAGAAUAAAUUAAAACGCUUGUUUUAAUCCAACAGCUGAAUUGGUCUUUCUUCAUAAUUUACCCUGGCUUACUGAAAAAGUUAAAAACGUUUUCGUUCGACAAUUCACCAACCUAGCUCGACGAAAUACCAAAAGCAAGCAAACUUUGACCAUUGUUAUGAUAUUAAUUCAUGUAUAUAGUCAUUACAAGCGUAUUGACGUCAAUAUUCUUAUUUAAGGAAAUAUCGUUCAAGCGCUGGCUGAACUGCCAAGGAUACUUACCUGAAGCACUUCGAAAGCAAAGUUGGAUUUCGAACUUAUUCUUACGGUUGAGACCAACUUAGUGAUCAAAAACGUAUUUAGCCUUGAUGUAAGACAUUCCUUACUGGCUUAUUUUCCGAGGCUUAAAAGCAUCAUCCAUUGAUAGAGUUGAAAUAGGAAUAGAAAAGAAAAGGAUUUACCGUAACAUUUAUUAUAAUAAGCUACCGUAAAAUUCCGAAAAUAAGCCCCGGGGCUUAUAUUUUUCAAAGGCCCUUUUUGAGGAGCUUAUUUUUGGAGGGGCUUAUAUUCGGAGGGGCUUAUCUACGGAGGGAAAUUUGCGUUUCAAAAUCGAUUGGGCUAGCCUCAUAGUUGGAAUGAAAUUUACCGUUUUUUCUUUGUUUUGCUUUGUAUUUGAGGGCAAUUUCCAAGUACAAGCCCCCAGCGGGGCUUAUAUUCGGAGGGGCGAUUGAACGGAGGGUUUUUUUGCGUUACGAGUUUGGGGGGCUUAUAUUUGGGGGGCUUAUACAUGGAGGGGCUUAUUUUCGGAAUUUUACGGUAUGUUCACACUACAUUGGAUAGCCGGUAUAAAGACGAACGGUGAACAUAGCUUUAGUUUUAAAAUGCGGAGAAGUUAUUUACAUACGUCAAGCGGACAAAAUACUUUCUCUAUCUAAUACCUCCUCUUCAACGCAAAACAUUACGUUCGUUUAAAUGACUGUCAUAAAAAUGCGGCCAACAUUGUCUCUUGGUAGGGAAGUAAGCAAAAGGGUUUUAGAAAAACAUCCCAAAUUUAAAAUUAUGUUACAUUCAAAGGCUUUUGAGGCUUUGCGACUAUCUCCUCUCGGGCAGCUUUGCAGGGACUUUCGGCAAACUAAAAGACAAAAUCGAAUCAAUCUGGUCAAGUGGACGAAUGCUAAAAAAUGAAUAUUUUAACCUAUUCUGUAUAUUGCGGGCACUGUAUUUAGCGCGCGCAAAAACUUGAAAAGGAAGCUCAAUGGCUAUAAUUACGCGCGCAAGUUUCAAAAAUACACUGACGAAGUUGCAACGGGACAAGUAACGGAAGGACGACAGUUAACUAGUUGUAAAGCGAGGUCAUCAAGAUUCAGCCUAUUAUUUUUUCUUGUACAGUCAGAAGGAACUGUGUCUUCAAACGAAGUUGACAGGAAGUCGUUGGAAUAUCCCCCGCCUUUUGAAGACGAAGAAAGGCGAAAAGAGUUUGUUGCUAACGUUCGGUUGCGAUGUGAGAAAAUCUUAAAACAAGUGCGUCUAUUUAAGGAAACAUGUGAAGUUACAAAAGUGACUGAAGAUUUAUCGGAUCCAAGUGGAAGUGAUUCAACUACAGCAAGCACUAUUGAAGGCGAAAGUGAAGAAAAACUUUCCAUGGGCUCAUUGACUACAGAUCAGUUGUCGCAAAAGCUUAAGCAGCAUAUAGAACGGAUCAGUGAGUUACUGCAAGUUCAUGAUAUACCAGACGUAAGUUCCGUAAAACGCUUUAUUGAUAUAAACCGUCAUUUUUACAUUUUUAAUUUUCUCUUUCUUUUUAAUGCGUCUUUCUUCGACUUAAAAACUACAACUCAUGAACCUUUGAUCGUACCAAACAAGCUGUAACCAUGGCCACAGCUAUUAAUAAUAUAUUAACAUCAUCAUCACUGGAAAGGCCAUAUAAUCGUUUUGAUUCUGCAGGCUCUGGAGUAAUGAAUUAUAUCAGUCUAAGUUUAUGGUAUGAAAAUUAUUGCCGUUCCUUGAAUUUGUGUCGGCAUUACGCUGAUUUAGCAACAGAACGGGAACUUCAGUUGACAACGGCGCGCGCAAACCAAACAACUGGCUUGACCAAUGGCAGAGCGGCAAAAUGGGCACCCGAAGUCGUGUUUAGUUCUUUCCCCGCGCUUUCCUGUCGUCAACUGACGUUCCCGUCCUGUUUUUAAAUCAGCCUAUUUUUAGGACCGACACAUGAUGUAACAAAACGCGCCUUUUCCCUAUUAACUUUGUUUUAUACGAACUAAAUUUUAUGCCUAGUUUUAAAUUAUCUUUAUUUCUCAUAAUCAUUUAAAGACCUAAUUGGCUAUUUUUGCCUACUUAAAAAUUCUGAAUGUUGAAUAACUGUGCUAAAAAAUGGGGUUCAAAAUAUAAUUUUUCAUUUAAACUGCACAGAAUUCGUUUUCUCGUCCGUCUGGGACCUAUAGUGACAACUUUUGCCAUUUGCCAAUCCUUAUAAACUGCAGUGUAAGAUAAUCAAGACCGAAAAUGUUUUUAAAAGUUUAUUGAUGUUUUUUUGUUCUGUUUGUUUGUUUGUUUCUGGUAACAGCCUGAAAUGCUAAACGUAAAGCAAGAGGAGGUCAUAGAUUGUGAUGCUGCUCAAAACGUUCUGGAGGUCAAAGGCAUGCCAAAAGUUAUGGAAUUAAAAGAUCUCGGAAAAAACUCAGGCUCGAGUUCUUCGAAUGUGGCGGAGGUGGGGUCGAGUGUUUAUAAAGGCAAUGAUGAGUUUGCUACUUGCAGGAAUGCAGAAGAGCAAGCUGCAAAGUUAUCAAUAGUAGGAGAAGAAUUUUGUGAUGGAAAGAAACGUGCUCCCAAUCACAACGGCAUGUGGAUGAAUAAAAAGACCGAAGACGAGAGCAAAUAUUUCAUGAAUGAACACGACGCCAAAAACGAAGAGUCAAGCGAUGUUGAUCUCUCUACAAACUCUAAAGAAAUAAAUGAAACAAGCAAAGUUAUAAUCGAGGCGCUGUACUGGAGAAGGAAAACAGUUGCUGAAGAUGCGGCAAGGCUUCUAGCUGAAGCAAAUCAAACUAAAAUUGAAACGCCUGGAGACGAAAGUCAUGCCACUGAAAUUCUCAAUAGAAAGUUUGUAGACUCACCAGAUGAUAACAAGUUUAAAAAACGGAUGGCUUAUGAAACCAGGGCCAAGGAAAUCGUCCAGGACGUGUUUAGUCGCAUUGGAUGCUACGAGAACUUUGUCAGGCGGGCGGACUGGGCCGAUGAGACGACCACUGCUUCAGGGGAUCUGGGAACUACUCUUGUGGAUGAUGCUUACGAGGAGGUAUGGCGCCUUAUCAAUAGAACGUUACUUUAAAGCUCAAGUCGUAAGUCCAGGAACGAGGUGCUAAUCUGCGCUAGGGUUAUCCCCAAAUUGGAGAAAGACCGUUUCGAGAAUGAAGCACGAAAUACGCCCAUAAAAAGACAGUAGCACUGACCUUAAGGAUUGUCUUGUUGCCCCUUUGUAGACUUAACAAUUAUUCCACGAGUGCGCGUUGCACAUGAGAUGGUAGGCAGUCAACGAGGCGCGUAGCGCCGAGUUGCUAUAAUCAUCUCAUAUAUAUUCAACAGGCGCGAGUGGAAUAAUUGUUUUAUUAAAAACGCCCACAAAAUCUCGAGAAUUCUUCCCGACGUUAUUUGUAAAAACAGCCGAUUUUCAGCUUGUGUUUAGUUUUGAACAGACGCGUAUAGUUACCUUAAAAAUUUGGAGAGCUUGGUAUAAUGGCUCAUGAUAGCUAUUUAGCCAAUCAGAGCUCUAGAAUUGCAUUACUUAUUAUUAUUUACAACUUUAAAAGAAAUACUCCUAUGAUUCUCCUAUCCCUCUCGAGUAUCACGACAUUAGGGCCAUUUAUACGAAGAAUAAUAGGGCGCGUCUUUCAAAACACGCAAACUCAGUCCUGCAUAAACGGCACAUUAAGACGCGACUUAGCUAAGAUGCGUUUUAUCGAAGAAAAGGUGUUAAGGGCUGUUCUUAUAUAAGACGCGUCUUUGCUAAAUUUCAGACGAAAUAUGCCAUUUAUGCGGGAAGUUUGCGUCUUAUUUAGGACUCUUCUCAUGGAAGGCGCGUCUUAUUUUUCUUCGUUCUAACUCGGAGAAGCAACGCAUAUAUACAAGCAAAUAAGGCCUGUUCCCUUGGUAAAAAAGAACAAAAGUCGAGAUCCAGCAGCCCACUAUUCCGUAAAUAUUUCCCUUUGUAACUAGUUCAUUAGACAGUAUUGGUUGUUUUGUGUCUCUUUGCUGACAAUUUCCAUGACAACCAUAUGCGUUCAGGUUUUACAGAGAUAACCGGGUGUCAAGAACUCGGCCCUGAUAAUCAGCGUAGUUGCCUAUGAACGUAAUAAUAUUGGCUUGAAAAUGUGCCCAUUUUAAGGAAACGAGAGGAAAAUAAUUACAGAUUGUAAGCAUUAAGUGUGCGCUACAAUUAAGCUUUUCAAUGCUUUGUUCUUUCUUUUGCUUUAUUUAGGACGAAAGGAAGCAGGACGACAAGCAUUUUCCAACCUCAAAGGUCACGUGUGAUGGGACAAACCAAGAUGAUGGAAUAGUGUCAACUUCAAAGGUGAAAUCUGACGAUGAUGGGAAAGAUGAAAGACAUGUAUCAGUUCCGGAAGUGACGAGUGUUAUCGCAAAGGAAGAUGAUGGACAGAUGUCAGCUUGGUGGGUCACAAGCACAGACGUCGAUUACGUAGACCCACAAUUGACACCUGAUCCUGCAAAACAAAAUCGUAUACAACAGUCAUCGCUCGGAAUCACGUGCACGGACAAUGGUGACGUAGCCUCUGCUACCUCCAGCACCGCUCGACUAAUCACAAUAAGCACCGGAGAAGCAACAUCACGUGAUAUCGAAGAUGAGUCAAUGAAAAGACUUUCACAAAAGAAAGGUCGCAAAAGAUGGCCUGAGUUGAAAAAGAGACGACGUUCAUAUUUAGUUGGAAACAAAAUUAGUAUCGGGAAUGUUGUCGGGAAAGGUAUCAUCUCGAAACAGUCUACAGAAGGUACCAGUUGUAGAAUAUUUAACAAGCAUUUAAACAGCUACUUUAAACUGUAAUGCUUAAAACUCUUGUUUAUUGUUUGCAAAUAAGUGUAGCAGGCAUUCUACUCGACAGCUAAAGUUUCUCCACAAACCAAGAUGAAAUGGUCAAAUAAUACUUACAGUUUCUCAACGAAACGGCAUACUGGAUGUGGGCUUUGCUGUUCGCCAGAUGGCUGUGUUAUUAGCUGGUAAAACGUUGGAAAUAGAUAACAGGUGUAUUUAUUAAUUUGUUUAUUCACCACAGUGACUGGAUAUAAGUCACAGAUAGUAUAGCAUAGUAACAACAGGUAAAAUAGCAACCCUUUGUUUCCGGACACCUGGCCCCGGUUGUUCAAAAGAUGGAUAGCGUUAUCCACCCGUUAAAUCGCGAUCCGGUGAACACGUAUUAGGAAAACCAAUUGCAUUAUCCGAUGGGUAAUGCUCUAUCUGGCGGAUAACGCUAUUCACCUUUUGAACAACUGGAGCCUGACUUAUAGUCGGGACACACUCAUUCUUCCGUCAGUUUUCUCAUUUACUCUCUUUAAUUAUAAGAUGGACACCUCUAUGAUUUCUGGAGACGGACGGACACUUAGGGCGGGACUGCCAAAGGUCUUCGUUUUACUUAGGGCGCUUUCCCAAAGUCAGAACUGGCCGUCCGGACCAGACAUUUUGGCAAUGAAAUAAACUUUUUUGCAAUGGGUUUUGCUGAAAAACCAUCUUCUUUGUGCAUAAUAUUUAGGAUUUGUCUGGUUUGAAUAAAGGUGAAAUUCUCAUUACGAUGGGUAUGGGCUGGCUGGUCGGUUGUGAUAAAUCAGGAAAGCGCCCUGAUAAGAGUUGACUGUAUACAAAUUAAUGAGGCCCUGUUAGGGUGAAAUUCCGACAGGACACAUGGCCAUGAAACGGCGACAUAGGACAACAGAAAUGGCGGCAAACGACACACGAAGACGAAUUGAAACUACAAAACUAGCGACAAAGAAGUGCUCAAAUACAGUAGUAAAAUACCGACAGGGACAUGGCUUCCUCCUCAAAACGCGAAGACGAGGGACAUACGGACCCCUCCCCUCCCCCUUUCCCUAAGAGGGCGUUAUUAAUGCAGUUUAACACAUUUUUUAACAGUCAAUAUCAGAGGCCCUGAAGCCAUGAAUUGAAGUACAAGCAUCGUUAUCGCAUUUUACCACAGUAAUGAGUUUUACAGUAUUUGUUUUGUCCCGACAAGGCUCAUUCUUGGACCAGUAUGAGAUAUCUAGCCCCGGCACAAGGCACAAAGCAAUACUGCAAUGAAUUAUUUCUUUAUAUGUAGAUAAUUGUUCAGAAGAGGCUAGACUCAUCGUGGACGAGGAGAAGCUAGUUGCCUUGAAAGAAUUCAUUGCACUUGGAGGUACGCGUUAAAAUAAUUUAAAACAGUUUUGAUAGCACACAUUCAACUUUAUUGACAGGAAAGAAAUGAGUGAAGAUAUGCUAUGCUGUCCACACUGAUCUGGUCAAAUUUGAAAACGUUCACUAAGGAACAGAGCCUGUGUACAGACCCCCCCCCCUCCCCUCAGUAAAAAUUGGAGGGGGGGGGGGGUCUGUACACAUGCUAUAAGGAACAUGGCUUUACUACAGUCUACAUGGGAUUUUACAAGAUGAGCGAUUUUUCGCCCCCUCGUUGGUCGGGAGCUAUGGUCUAUGAGUGUGUAGACCGUACAAAACGAUCGUCAUUUUCCGUGAUGAUUCAAUUGUGAGCAGAGGUCCUGUAAAAGCAUAGCUUUUAUGCUUUCAUCUCAAAACGAACAUUAAAAUCCGAACAAAAAGACCAUGAAGACCUUUGUAACUCUUGAUCGGAAAUUCCAACGAAUAUCUUGUUUCAUUGGCCGCCCGUUUGUCCUUCACCAAAAUUUUGAAAUCCUCGGGAAUGAAGCUUGUCAUUCUACGCAUGCUCGAACUUUGAAAGAGGUAAUUCCACACAGGAACAAAGCUACAAUAGCAUCAUUAGUCGACCUGUAAAACAACUUUUUGAAAGUUUCGUUCCUUUUUUACCAGAUCGAUAGUGACAAGAAAAUAGCUCAACUCGCCUCAGAAGGCGGCCUUUCUUGUGGUUUAAAGAAUAAUUUUUUGGAAUGUUCUCUUUUGAUGUAUUUAAUUUUAGACACCAAAACUGCAGGUGGAGAUAAUGUCGUGGUGUUAAAUCCUUCCAAGAUCCCGAGUAAAAGAGAGUUUGCUGGAAAGAAAGAGUACAACGAGGUCAUGGAUUCUUUACUAUGGUAGGCUUGCAAAUAGCCCUUAAAUGUUAGACUGAUUUAGCAACAGAACGAAAACGUCAAUUGAGGACGGGAAAGCGCGCAAAAAGGACUAAGAGCUAGAGUUCCGGUGCCCAAUUUGCCGCUCUACCAUUGGUCAAACCAGUUGUUUGAUUUGCGCGCGCCGUCGUCAACUGACCGCUUUCCCGUCCAACAAUAGUGGAAAUGCCAAGAACUUACUCCCCAAACGAAGCUCGGUGAUGAAACAAGCAAGUCCGAGGUCAUCAUGCGUAUGAGCUAUUAAUUAUGAAUUGCACUGGAACAAUCUUAACUCUCCUGCUCGAUCUACUUUUGAUAUAGGAUCGAUAGCCUACGAGCACACUUCCUGCCCAACUGUUCUAAAAACUUCUGUGUAAACGUCACAUGUAUUAGUAUUGAAACUCACCCACAAAGUUCUGCCUCGUACCCAGACCUCUCUUACUCUACAGAACCUCCCCUAACGGCCACCUCUCCGCAACGGCCGCUUUUUUUGGCGGACAGUCCAUACAUCGACUCCUUUUAAACCUCUCUAAAACAGCCCCCUCUCUACAAAGGCCACUUUCUUCUGUCCCCGAGCUUAAGGGGGCCAUAUUGGAGAAGUUCAACUGUAUGUAAUUGUAGGCGUCAACAAAAAAUUGCGCGGCAGGUAGCGUUCGCUCACCGUUCUGUCUGUCCCACCUUUGUCAUUCUACUCGUUCCGGGCGUUCUCAAUAAACACCUGUGGAGGAUCCUUCGCAAGGUUAAUUUUACAUUCAAACAUUUAUUUCAGGCAUGCUCAAAAAUUUACAGACGAGAGGGUGGAAAGUGACAGUUUUGUCCUCACGGUUCACGCUGCUAGACAGAGAAGAAGUCGACUUCGUUCUCGCAAAUGGGCGAUGGAAUUUUAUAAGUUUUUAAAACAAAGGUAACAACAAUUUAAAGCAAGUUUAUUUUUGGCUUCUAUGAUUCGCCUUGAAUAUAUUACUUGGUUUAAGUUUGAAAGUGGUUAUUGUGUCUGCAGUUUCAAUCACUCUUAUUGUAAACCAGAGAUUUUCAAACAGUAUUUGUUGUAUGUAUGCGGCGUUACCGGGCGUACCAAGGAGUUGCUGUGAGAGCCUUGUCAGUUUUUGUAACUUAAUAAUAAGGACGCUUGUCUAGGGGGAGGAAUGGCAACGGUGAACGACAGUGAACAAUGUAACAUCUAUACGUGACCAGCUAGCUAAUUAGUAUGGGUAAUAGCAUGAUUUGUAGUAGCUUGUAGUUAUAUUUGGCAUAAAUACCACGAGUGAUAUUUCAAAAUUGUUAUACGUAAUUUCACGAGCCGUUAGGCGAGUGAAAUUUGAGACAAUUUUGAAAUAUCACGAGUGGUAUUCAUGUCAAAUAUCACGUACAAAUCAUGCUAUUAUUUGUUUAUACUACUACCUGCAAAAGGUUUGUAAUUUUCACACGUAGGUAUAUAUUUCAAAUUAAGCUGAAAUACCACUGCUCUAAGCCAAUAAUAUUGCAGUAAUUUCUCAUGUAGUAGUAUAAACCGAGUUAUAUAUCAGCGCGCCGAUUUUUCAAACCUCUUAAUGUAGUUUGAAUCUAUUCUCUUUCAUCGUGUUCUCUAAAUAAUUCGUAUUUUGAAGGUAUCGAGACAGAUUAACCCGCUGUGUGCUUUUGAAGCCUUCUCUCAAACUUAGAGCAUUGGUGGUUUUAUCACGGCCCUUUCUUUCGUAAGUAACUGCACUAACGUUUGCUUUUGGUCGCUCAUGGAAGCUCCCAUACAUUCGACAUACGUACAUGUACAUUCCCAGACCCUUUAUUUCCUGGAAGCAGCGGAUUCGCUUAGUCUCUCUGUGACUUAAUAGCUUAGACUGCACAGCACUAGAGACAAGAGUGCUAUUGGUAAUACAACACAACAAUAGAAAUUUUGUUUAGUUAUUUAUUUAUCCAAACGCAAGCCAAUCUAGGUAAAGGCAACUUCGGGGAAAGUGACGCUUAACAUUGUAGUUAUACUUAGGCAGUUUAUCAAUUAAAUUAUCUUGAUACCGCGCGCAGAAUAUCAAAACAAAUAAAUCAGUUUUGCUUGAUUCUGAAUAUUAGUCUUAUUGAAAAACAUUCAACACCGAAAUGAAUGGCAGUAUAGUGUUACAGCAAACUGACAUGCCACACACUUUCCUAUAUACGGGCACAUAGUAACUGAAAAGGGAUAAAUAAACUGCUCUCUUUUUAAAUAGUGAAAGCAUGAAGGAAAAGAUCUACAUUGUGAGGAGUCGACGAGAUUUUGCCUCGGCCCAAGGUAAGGUUUUAAGGAAAAUUGCUUCACUAAGGGUUUACAUGCAAUCUGCUUAA